CCGCGUACGCCCAGACGCGCUGAAAUUCAAAGUUUGAAACUCGACAGCGUCACAGGGAACGGUUUGGUGUUUGCUUAACUCACUAACUAGCUUGUUGUCCAGUUAUGAUUGUAUAGCCUUUUUUCAGUUCAGGCCGUUGUCUAAUCACAUUUGCAUAAAGACAGAAGAUUUGGUCAAUUUAGCUGCUUGUCAGUCUCUGAAUAAGAUUACUAACAUUAGCUGGAAAAGCUAUUGAUUGACCCUGAUUUUGCAACGAUUACUAUGGACCCUUUUGUGGAGGAGAUAGCGGCCCGCGCGCAGGUCAGACAGGCGAGCUUGCAGCAGCGAUCUGCCCAGAGAGUGAACCCGCAGGGCGGUGAAAGGAUGGGUGGGACCCCGGGACCCCUCAAGCGGCCAAGGGAGCCCCUGUCAGACAACGGGAACCUCCCGGCCUCUGCAGGUCACCUGGACAACAGCGUGAAGCGUCGCUGCCUGGAUCCCGCGGGAGACGAGAGCCGCGACCCCUGCCGGCGGUGGGCGGGGUCUCCUCCUAAGCCACGCCCACGCAGGGCAGAGCUGGAGGUGAAGCCUGACACACCUGCCAUCUCCUCCAUCAAGUCCAGACUGAAGCAGUUGACUGAGAAAAAGGAGGCAGGUGGUGCUGCACACACAGGGGUGGGAGUGUCUCCUCCAAUCCAGAAAAGCUGGUUAGGAUCAGAAGGGGAGGAGAACAGGGGAGAGUUCCACCUCUUAGGUGACACGGAGUUCCGCUCGCGAGUUGAGCGGUUCGAACUGGGGCCCCCUCAGGACAGCCCGUCCCAGUCCACCCCCCGGCCCAGCGUCCCCUCCGGCUUCGCCCGCGCGGUCCAGGAGAAGCUGCAGAAAGCAAAGACCCCCAGCACAGGCAGAGCCCAGCGCAUCCGCCAGGAGCGUGAGCAGGAGCUGCUCAUGCUGAAGGCCCAGCCAAUCGCAAACAACGCCUGGCUGAAGACGAGCCUGUUUGACAGCUCACUGUCUGAGGUGAGCCCGCCCGGGCGCUCGUCCUCGCCGGUGGCUUCCUGCGUCAGACGGAGACCGCGGAGGUGCCCCCUGUACCCCUGGGAUGCGGAGUCCAGCGCGCUGGCAGAGGAUGGCGGUAACAACGUGAGCGGCGACGUGCAGCCUGAGGAGAGCAGUGCGGCCUCGGAGCCCGCCGUCGACACGACGGCCGCCAUGGACACGACGCCCGCCUUCGCAGAGGAGCCCAGCCCUCAGCACAGACUCACAGUUUCCCAGCAUGCCUCGCUCAGCCGCAGUACGCCGCUCCGCGGCGCUUUCCUCUCCGCAGACGCAGAGCCCAGCCUUCCCGAGGAGCUCAGCACCUCCAAGAUGAUCGACCAGAUGUUCGCGGGAGUUCUGGACAGCAGCGAGGAGGUGGAGGAGGAGGAGACUGAGGAGGUGGGGGGACGGGACGAAGAGGAGGAAACGGCGGGGGAGCGUAACGCCGUCGCAGAGCCCGAGGAGGAGGGGAGAGAGCAGGACGAAAGGAUCGAUGAGGAGGAGGAGGAGGAGAAGAGAGAGCAGCAGCCACAGGAGGAGGAGGUGCAGAAGCUGGAGGGAGUAGUGGUGGAGGGGGAUGGGAGCAGCGAGGACGAGCUGCUCAGCCCCCUCCCCGGCUGCCUCCUCUCCCCCCUCGGCAAGUCCGUGGAGGCCGCAGUCACCCCGCUGAGACUGCCCUCUAGCCAUCAGAAUGAACCUGCACUGACCCCUGAAGAGACAAGCUGCCCUCCUAAAGUGACUGCCCCUCUUUACAGCAUCGAUGCGUACCGCACACAACGUCAGAGUUCCCAGAAGCCCGUGCAGUGCGUGACCCCGGUGGGACGCAGCCUUGCCGCCGAGAGGCCCCGCCUCCACCCCCAGCCGUCCGUCAACACCAAGGAGCGAAUCACGCUGCUGAAUGAGGAGGCGGGGCGGCUGCAGAGCAUCAUCAGCCAGACCCUGCAGGCGCUGAGCUGCUGCACGGACCCCGGCCACGGGCAGGGCUCCCUGGAGGAGGCCGAGGCCGAGAGGCUGCUGCUGCUGUCCUGUGAGAAGCGCUCCGCCCUGCUGGCCGAGGUGUCCCGGCUGAGGGAGGAGGCAGGGAGCGGCGGCGCCCCGCCCGACGACCCCGCCCAGGUCCCCUGCAGGGGGACGGUCUCCAUCAGCAACGUCAGGCUGCCCCUCAAGACUGACUUCGUCAGCUCCGUCCGCUCGCACACAGGUCUGCCCGCUCACUACUUCUUUGUUCUGAUACGCUACGGAACCCACGACAUCGUGGCCACGCCCCUGGCCACCGCGGCCGACGCCCUGAACGGGGACACCAUCUCCUUCCCCACCUCCGUCACCCUACGAGACAUCCCCUCCAGCUUUGAGAUCGACGUGGAGGUCUUCAGCCUGUCCCACCGCCCAGGGAAUAACCUGAACGCCGUGCGCCGCUCAACAAAGUCCAAGGUCACUCCGAAGAAGUUCCUGAACACCCUUACGAGAACCAACCACAGCCUGACAUCCUCCACGCUGUCCACUGUGGGCCCCCGCAGAUCCAGUAACUUCACCCUGGUGGGUUGCCACAGGAUCACCCUGCAGUCUCUGGGCCAGAGCAAGUUCCCUCUGGACAAGAUGAAGUUUGAAGGGAAAGUGAGGAAGCUCCUGGGAGAUGAGUUUCAGGACAAGGUGCCCUUCCUGUCUCCUCUGGAGGGAAACGUCUACCUGCAGCUGGACUGCGAGGGCCACUCCCACGUCCAGCACAGCGGCUUCCUGACCGUGUUCGAAGACGUGAGCGGGUUCGGGUCGUGGCACCGCCGCUGGUUCUGCCUGAGCGGCAGCAGGCUGUGCUACUGGAGCUACCCCGGCGACGAGCACAGCAAGACACCAGAGGGCAGCAUCUCCCUGCUGGGCAGCGGCAGCCUGUGCGUGCGCCCGGUGAACAGGAACUCCUGCGCCCGGCCGCACACCUUUGAGCUCGCCAGCGUCAUGCAGCAGGGCAAUGACCACUCGCUGGACAAGCGCUGGUUCUCAGCUGACACGCGAGAGGAGAGGCUGCAGUGGGUGGAGAAGCUGAGCCAGGCUCUGCUGGACCUUCAGACCUGGAGCACCCGUCCCAGGACCCCCGACUCCCAAACCUUCAGCAAGACCCCCCAGGAGAGCGUGCUGUAACCGCCCCGAUCCUGGGGAGGGCACCGACUCCUCCCUCUCCUCCCCCCCCCCCCCCAUCCUCAUCCUUCAGCCACAGGCCCGGUCUCAUGUAUACUAGACUGCACUACACUGAAUAAUAAUGGACAAUGUUUAUAGAACACCUUUCGCAAUCUCAAAGCACUUUAGUCACGGAAGUUUAUCUCAGCAACCGCCGAUGUGUGGCCCCUCCGCCUGGGCGCUUCACGGCAGCCAUUUUGUGCCAGAACUCCCCCCACACCUCAGCUGGGGUGCAGGGGGAGGGAAUGCUAAGCUAAUUAAGCACAGUGGGUGGAUUGGCUGGCUAGGUGGAGAGUGGCGGACAGGACACUGUUUACAAUAAGUGCCAUGAGGGAUCUUAACAUCCCUGGAGUCUGGACCUCAUAGUCAGUCCAGGAGAUUGAUUUGCUUACUCCAAAUUAAUAUUACUGGACUACAGUGCAGUUGAUACUUUUGCUGUACGGUACGUUUACAAUACUGACCAGGGAAAUCUCGGCAUAUUAAAACAACUAUAUUACAUCAUCAGGCUCUGUCAUCCACACUACAUUAACUUUAUAACUGGGGUCAAAUAAUUGAGGUUACCCAGAAGCCCCUGGUGCUGGAGGUGGCAUCUAAUUUGUUGGAGUAUGAGGGUGUUGUGACUGCAUAUGGUGUUAUGCUGUGGUUUCUGGGUUCCUCUGCGAAAAUGUUUAAGGGAGAUGGGUGCGUUUUAUGAUUAUACAAUUGCAAUAAUGAGCAUGUGUGUGUGUACACACAGGCUUGUGGCUGAUACUCCUAUACUUGCAAAGGGAGCAUACAUUUAAUGAGUUGUAACAGGAAAUUACUGCUAAUUCUAUUUACAUAUAUGGGGGGGGAGGGAGCAUAUUAAUGUUUAUGAAUAACCAAUUUUACUUUGUAUUUAAGGCAUUAAGUUUUAUUUUACUAAAUCGAACGGCAGUUCCAGCAGGUUUCGUCUCCAGUUGUGAUGCUGCACUGGCAGAGAAGAAUGAGGAGGAUGAUGAAGGAGAUUAUCCGGAGAUGAAGGGUACCAUAGCACUGCCCUGGGGUGUGUAACAAUGGGAGAUGGAUGACUGUUGCUAUGGCAAUUUUGUAGUAUUCCCCUUGGAAUUCCAUGAGUCAUUUUAGAUAGUACGUCAUGAAACUAGCUGCUAUGGCACCAGCUACUUGCGUUCGCUUACUAUUGACUGCUGUUCAUCAUGUGACUGUAUUCAGCAUAGGUAUGAACAUUUAAUGAUUUAAGCGCUUUAUUGAAUGGGAAGAUGAAUCUGCCCUAGUAAUUUUCGUUCUAAUAUGUAAGCAAGCCAACAUUUUAGCUUGCUUUAUGAGAUUGAUUGUCUCACAUUAAUAACUGACAAGCUGUAUAAUUAAUGCAAACAAAUUUUGGUUUAUUCUCAUUUGGUUGGUUUAGUUUGCAUUGUUGCUUUGUUCACUACAUUUUGAAAGGUAUAGUUUGAAUUAUUUAUAGAUUGUCAUUCAUAUGUGUAGCUUGUUAGGUAGAGGUGUAUUUUGCCAGCUUGAUCUGUGAUUGGCUGCUACCUGACCAUUCUAGAAUUCUGAAGGAAAGACAACAUCGCCGUAGUAUAUUAGAUAAUGUCAUUCCAGUCCCAUUGUCGUUCACCCAGUUUCAAACUUGACAUAAUGAAGGAGCUCUGUGGUUGGGUGUGCCCGGUCCUGGCCCUGGUCCUGAUUGGCCGAAGUCCAGCCGUCUGCUCCACCUCAGCGCUUAAGCAUUCGGAUCAUUUAAAUACUGCCUGAACCAGCCAAUGGCAGCGCUCCUCAGCAGCAGUGUUCACCGGGCUGGGAAACCUGCUGGACUCCUGGCCUCCACAGCAGCGGUUCCCAAACUCUGGCUCAGGGCCCACUGGUUGGUUGGUCGUGGGGAGGGGUUGACGCGAGUCAUGUGACACUUGUGAAGAAAAAAAAAAGAACCGUAUGUAAUACACAUUCACAUUGACAUUGAAAGAACGGUCAAAUUGAACACUACCCAUUUUAUGCAGUUGUUUUGACUCGUAAAAAAAAAAAGCUUUCAUGUAUUGGUACGAAGUCAGGCUGCGUUUUCAUAACGGGUGGGUCACGGUACAUACGUGUGCUCAUGAACUGGGCCCUUGACUGGAAGUUUAGGAACCGCUGCUCUAGAGCUUUGAUUGCAUGUGUGUGUGUAUAUAUUUACUGUUACUAUUUACAGGCAAAUGGCUAAACGUUACUGUAAUUAGCGUACGUCAACGUGAAGCUCCACAGACGGCUUCUUUCCGGAAUCUGCCUAUUAAUAUCUUGUGUUUACAGAAAUCUGUUAUCUGUGUCUGUGAUCUCGAUCUAGUGCAAGUCCAUGAUGUCUACGCAGAUUCCCGAAUGCUCGAAAGAAUAAAUACUGCUUUGACUGGCAA